AUCAUUUCAAGUCGUAUACAAAAUCUACACAACUAAAUGGUACAUACAUACAAUAUAAAAUAAAACUACAGAAACACUAUUCGCUGGUUUAAAUCCAGCUAAGUUAAAUUUUCCAUUAACUUCUUCUAUUUUGUAUAUUGUAUGCACCAAUUAAUUGUAUUCUUUUGCAUUAAUCAUAUUUUUUUGCAUAAUUUUGAUUUUAUCACAUGACAUUUCUAUUAAUGAAAAACGUGUGUUCACUCUUUCCAAAUUUAAUUAAUACAUCCUCUCUUAUCUCUCUUCUAUUUCCUUUUACUCGUUUUCCUCUAUUUGUCAUAUUUACAUCUGUCAUUCGAGGACACCUUACAAAUCGCUCGCGUUCGAUCAUUCGCGUAUGCAUAUACUCGAGUGGCGCGUCUCGUGAAGAAAUAAUAAUCACGGAAAUUCGUCGUCGAAGUUAAAUUUCGUCCACGCGAAUUUUUAUCGUCAGUAUUCGGGGCAGAAUUUUUAUCGCUUCGGAAGCAUGCUCGAACAAAUAGCGAAAGAGAGAAUUACGCGAGCUGGAGUGUACGUAGGUUAGAACAACUGUUCUGUCUCGAAAACUCCGUCUGAAAAGCAAUAUAAUGGACGUAGAAAGAAUUGCAAUGUUUGCCGGCGUAGGCUUCGCCAUCGCCGUCGGCCUAUUUGUCCUAUGGGGCCCAUCGCCGAAACCCAGAAAAAAAGGCCAAGUUAUCGGAAUCAAUAAUUUGGGAUAUACAUGUUUCCUGAAUUCUCUCUUGCAAGCACUAGCUGCUUGUCCUACAUUUAUUCUCUGGCUUCAAAGACAGCAGGAGAAGAAUAGAAAUUUUGCUAAUACACUACUCUCUGUCCUCAAGAAAAUUAAUGGUUUUGCUGAUGACAUGUAUGGUGAUGUGACACCUAUAGAAAUCAUUUCUUCUGUUGGUUCACUGUGGAAUUUUGGGCCUGGUCACCAAGAUGCUCAUGAACUGUUUCAUGUAGUUCUUAGCGCAUUAGAUGCUGAAAUACAACCUGCAAAUAGAAAAGGCUGUUUGUCUGAUGCGCUGCCGCCAAGUCCGAACAUGGAGUUAAGGAUGAGAGGAGUGGCUGAUAAUCUUGAAUCGCAGAUUCUAAAUCUCAGAAGCGCAUCAUGCAAUGACAUUGCAUCAGUGAAAAAUGGCAUUGAUACUUCAAAGGGCUUUGACAAGAACUGCAAUAAUCAAAUGAUGACCUCGACUUCGUCCAUAUCCAGCAUGUCUCCGAGCAUCGGGUGCAGACCCGGUAUGAUUCUCGCCAGAUCCUCGGAAUUGUUGUCCCGAAGUGCUCAAAACAAUGGUGACUGUAAGAGUCCCUUCAGGUCGUGGAAGUCUUUAUGCACCAUGCCCUUUGUCAACAUUCCGUCGGUCUCGGUAGAGACGCAUCCGUUCUCGGGUCUAAUCACCAGUCAAGUUCAAUGUAGCAGCUGUUCCUGGAAGUCUUCGGUACGUUAUGACAAGCUCGAGACUUUGUCAUUACCCUUACCACCGCUUACCUCGUUCAUGCCGCAACACCAUACUCUGGAAUGGCUAUUGUCACGUUUUGUGGAUAGCGAGAUGGUACGCGAUGUGCAAUGUGAUGGAUGCUCAUUGCGUUGUGCCGCUGUCAAGACUCUCACUCUUGGGAAAUUGCCCAAAUGCUUAUGCUUGCACAUCCCGAGGACUACAUGGAGCUCUUCGGGCGUGCUAAUUAAAAGGGAUGAUCAGAUUACAUUUCCCGAACUUCUGGUGCUAGAUCCUUAUACUUACACGGAGACGAAAAAGAGAAGCGUGCAGGGUGAUGCGGUGAAGUUUCUCGAUAGCGGUUUUACGACGAUACAGGGUAAACAUAAAUAUCGGUUAUGCGCGGUAAUCGAACACCGUGGCCCCGUGGAUUCCGGUCAUUUUGUUUGCUUUAGACGUGGAAAUAAAACGGAUCAAUGGUUAUACACGUCCGACAUUAUUGUCGAGAGCGUGUCUCUGACACAGGUGCUGCUUGCUAGCCCUUAUCUGCUUUUCUACGAGCGCAUUAGCAGCGUUUAUCCUAGCUAGGAAUAAAUUUUCGAGGUGAUAGACAAUCUAUAGGAAUUAUAUAAUUACAUGUAGAUCAGUAAUGAGAGUCUGUUCUUUUUUGCUACACUCUCUCAUGCUUUUAAAAUGGAACGAACAAUAGUGAUGGAAAUAAUGUGGAAAGGUGGAAUUAUAGAUUUGCAAAUAAGCGUGUCAAAAGUGCAGCUGAAAAAAGAACAAGAAUAAGAUUUGAAAAAGAUACAAGAGACUGUCGAAUUUUCCAUAAUUAGUGUAGUAUCGCUCGAUAUUUGCGAUGUAAUUGCGAUAAUACUUUGUUAUAAUCUGCGACUAUAGAGGAUGUCUUUAGGUGAUAUUUUAUAGCAGUGGCAAAAUAUAUCAAGUAUAUAAUCCAAAAUUCAGAAGCAUUUCAAAAGAUUCGAUAAUAAUUACUAUUAAUAAACGAAUCUAACAGUAGUUAGUUUUGUGAAACUUCUUGCUUCUGACACAGUGAUAGCAGAUUUCAGAAGAGAUUGUCAAUUCUUAUACAAAUCAAUUCUUAUACAAUUUUUUGAUCAAUUCAUCGUCAUUAAACUUCAUUUUAAUGAGGACUAUGAGGAUCGUGCCAAUGAAAAAUCUCUGAAUUAAAUUUAUUGAGAGGGAUAAGCGAGAUCUUGUAUUUUUUUAUUAUAUGUUUAUAUCUUAUAGAGCUCUUCAAGCUCUUGCAAUAUGUGCAAUUGUUAAAAAUAUUACUAUAAUUAUAAAGACUGUGAAUCUAAUUAAUAAUUUUUUGUAUAUAUCAAAGAAUUAUUUUUCUUCCUGGAUAGCAUACAGGAAUAUGCUAAUUACCAGAAUAAAUUUACUUUAAGAAUUAACAUAAACUACUUAACAUAUGUAAUUUAAAAUCUUAUAGAAAAUGUAUCAAAUUGAAAUAAAAUAUU